AGUAACAACAGGUGCAGGUAGUGGAUAUGAACGAAGGAUGCUUGUUGUAUUUGCAUUUCGGCAAGAAGAUACGUCUAUGUAUUUUCGUCAAGAAGGAGGUCGUCUACCUUUGCGCGCCGGCUAAUUUGUAAAUCUCAGGAAGAACAGUCACGAAGCGAUGACUCAGAUUCUAUGCCAGAAGGUGGAGCCCGCCGAUGAUAUUAAAAGGACGACAAGGACGAGGAGAGCAAUGAUAUCUUCAAGCAGAAAGCCUAGGACCAGCACGCCGACCUCGACGACCAGCAACAUCUCCCCCCCGUGCACACGAUUUCUUCUACCUCGGAUGAACAAGUUCUCCCCCUGCACACGACUUCUCUCUCGGAAAAAUAAGAACAUCAGUCUGGUGACCCUGACUUCUUCCAGGAAGACGAAGAUGGACAUCGACUACAAGAAGGAGAGGUCGUGGGCGGGAAUAAAACGAAAUCUAAAAAUGAUGUUCAAAAUCCUAAAAGCUACUUCCACAACUGCAUCCUCAAGAAAAACGACAAUCCCCGUGAUCUUUAUCAGGGUUGCGGUUGUUCCUGCUUGGAAGAUAAUAAUUUCUUGUGUUUUAAUAUUGAUAUUCGUGGUCUAUUCUUGUUGGAGAUGUAGGUGGUAUUCGUCCUCGACCUCGUGGUGGAGCACCUCGUCGUCAGAGGUUAUUCCCGGAAAACUUCUUACCAUCCCCAUGAUCCAUCACUUUUUGCAUAACAAAAACAGAACUUCACACACCAUGCCUUGCAUGACAAAUUUUUGGAUGGGGAUGAUUACUUUACAGGGAAUAUAACUGCAAAAUUGGUAUUCGUAUUCGAAAAUAGCAAAAAACUUUCCCCCCGCACAGUUCACUAGUGCAGACGCCUCCGCCUGCGGUGCCUGUUCUGCCGCCUCCAGCUUAACGCCCUCGAGCGACGCGCUGUGCCUCUCAGUGUUUGAGGAAGCCGCCGCGGGGUGGCGAUCGAUAGCGCAAGCACUAGCCCGAGCUCGUGGCGGCGCUGGAUAGCCGAAAAUGGUGCGCGCGCGCCUGAAGGCUUUUUGUCGGCUGGCAGGUGCCUCGUGGCUUGUCUGUGUCAACUGCUUUCGGCGUAGCUGCACCGCCGGCACAUGGGUCGCGCACCUCUCGAAAAUUUAGUGCCGACGAACCCAGCGCGUCCUGUGGGGCAUUACCUGGCUCCCAGAUUCCCGGGCCACCCUACCUGCACCACCCCCAUCAGCUGCGCCGCGGAGAAGAGCUGGCGCAGACAGGCGCUGAGGCCUUCGCCUACGAAAGUGCCUCUUUGCAUUUUUGGCGCGGAAGCAAUAUCUGUGGCCGCGGCCAAGCGUUCACAGGAAACGGAGACCUCGGACGGAUUUUCUUCCGCGCAACUUUGGUAUUCAGCUGCCCAAGAUUGCCCCCAAGAGAGGGGGGUCAAAUGUCGCUGAAUACCAAAGUCGGAAUUUCCCGUGAAUACCAAUUUCACACCGUGUUUGACUUUGGUAUUCAAAAAAAGCCGGCGUUUUUUGCUCGGCAUCCGGAAGGGCAAAAAUCCUUUCCCCGAGUCAUCAAAUUUGCCGGUCCGCGAGACCGGCUGCUGCAAAUGCUCCGCUUCCUCUGAACGCUUGGCGGCGGCCACAGAUGUUGCUUCCUGGCCAAGAAUCCAAAGAGGCACUUUCGUAGGCGGAGGCCGCAGCGCAUUUCUAGGCCACUUCGCCUCCACGGCGCAGCUGAGUGGUGGGCGUGGUGCCCGUAGGGCGCCCCGAGAAUCUAGGGGCCAGGUAAUGCCCCAUAUGGUGCGUUGGAUUCGUCGGCACUAAAUUUUCCGCAGGUGCAGGACCCAUCUGCCGGCGGUGUAGCCACGCCGAGAGCAGCUGACACGGACAAGCCGCGAGACAGCUGCAGCCCGUCAAAAACCCCCAAGCCAGGCGCGACCCGUUUUCGGCUCUCCAGCGCCGCCACAAGAUCGGGCCAGUCAUUGCGCUAUCGGUCACCACCCCUUGGCGGCUUCCUCAAACACCGAGAGGCGGAGCGCGGCCGUCGAGGGCUUUAAACCGGAGGCGGAAGAACAGGCACCGCAGGCGGGGGCGUCUGCACUAGUGAGCUGGGCGGGGGGAAAAAUUUUUGCGAUUUUUGAAUACGAAUACCAAUUUUGCCGUUAUAGGGAAUAAAGUAUCUGCACGGACAAGAACUAGGGCAGCAACAACUUCUCGGAGGUUGGUGUAGUGCUGACUUCCCACGACGUGCCGUCGUCUUGGUCGCUGCUAAAAAAGCAGAAGAUGACGGGGUUUCGGUGGAUGAAGACCAAGAACUAGGCCUAGAACUACACAAAGUCGCUUUUGCUUCAAAUUUGAAAGACGAUCAAGGCCACGCGGACCCCGUCGUCGGCGCAGCACACGACACUAGUGCUGCAACUACCCCCACGACCACGAGAAAAACAAAAGUUGAAGAUGUAGUUGUUGUGCUAGAGCCACAAUCUACUUCGAGCGGCUCGAAGGGUCGCGACGUCGACCCUUCUCAUGCUGCCGCGCAAGUCUUCUCUAGUAGUAGUAGUAGUAGUAGUAGUAGUACAGCACCACAGACAGGAAUAUUAUCCGGCGCAGCACCGCCACCACCAGCCGCAUCAUCUUCCACCAGCCCGAUCAUGCAGGUUUCACCACGUCCAGCAUCGGACGCAGGUUUAGAAGAAGUCCUGCCGCGAGGACGAGCCACAAGCUUGCGCUCCUUGGAGACAAGGAUGGCAUGCUGCAAUCCGCCGCGGGCGCCCGAAGUGGACGGAGAUAACACGUGCUGCAAUCUUAGCCAUAAAGGAAGGAGACCGAGACCCAUCGACCUCAUACAAUUUGUGAUGCAAAGCAUGCAUAGAAAGAGUAGAGUCCCGUGUAGUUUGAUGUGGUCAACAUCAUGCAGAAAAUGGAUAUGGAUGGGCCUCUUUUUGUGGAUAAGUGUGGCGAAUGAUCUGAUGCAACCGUUCACGGAGACAGACGACCCCAAAACGGCAAAGCUUUCCGCUUUGGAGACCGCUUUGCUGCGACCCCUGAACGCUACGGUCAAGACGUGGAACCUAGCGGCCGUGCUCGAGUCGGCCUUUUACAACAAGACGAAUGUAGUUGAUCAGCAUGUUGGCGUUGGGUGGACGAAUGAUAGUCCCAUGGCGCGGGGGAUCUCUAGUACAACUUCCUACUCGACGUCCAGUGCUGGUGCUGCUCUGGCUGCUGAUUCCGGCAACUUUUCCGCGAUGGUAGAGCAGCUGGAGCGGAACAAGCUUCGGUGGCGGGCGCGGUUUCGCGACGGGGAGGCACGCUACGUCUCGCGCUUGACGAUUUACGCCCAGAAGGGCGCUGAAGCGGACAUGCGAGGCACGCGGAUCCUGAUCCGCACUGCGGACGAGCCGGAAAGGUUGGCCGACAUCGGCCUCACACACGUCCCCGUGUACGAAGGCCAGUCGUUCCGCGUGGAACGGCGGGUUCUGGAGGUUGUGCUGGAGGGUGGAUUUGAAGACGACGACGCCGGCUACACCUUGGCAUAUCGGCAGCGCCAGUUCGAGGAAGACCCCGACUACCAGGCCGCCUUCCUGCAGCGGUUGUCGCGGCCGCGGCCGGCCUUGCGCGUUGGGGGCAUACACGUGUGGCUGGGGAACGAAGCCACCGCGCGCCGGCUCACGACACAGACGCUGAGUGAAACCGCCGCGGCCAUCGUGAACGACCAAAAUCCCACACCUGUGCACAGGUUGCUCAUUCGCUCUGGGAAGCCACUGACGAAUUGGGACGGGUUGAAAAAGUACGAGUUUGGGUAUUGCGGGGACCGGCACCCCGAAAGCGGAACGGUUUGGGCUGACAAGCAAGGAGUAGCAGACGAGCCGUAUGACGGCACGGUGGAAGGUUGCGCGAAAGAGGCGGACGCAGCUGAUGCUGUCAUGUUUGAGGUUUGGGACCUGCAGAGGAACCCCUACACAGCCGCCAAAAACUUUCAACACAAGCCGUGUUGUACCAUUUUCUACAACGCACAACGUCUUGUGCCGAAGACCGACCCAAGCGAAUUUACAGGCGAUGCAACUGCCGAUUGGUGGCGAGGGUUUGAAGGCACCUACUUUAAUUUCGGGAUGUCGCAUGGGGCGUUUGAAAUCAAGGCGGUUCCGCCGGAAAAUUGGUACGCGUCGCGGGGUGCAUUUGGCAUUUACGGUGCCUGCUCUGGCCGAGACCAAAACACUGGCGAUUUUUCACAUGGUAAUACUGGAAACGAAAGUCGGUACAUGCAGAACGCAUACGGAAGCAAGGUCGACAAGUGCGCUGCGGAGUGUUUUAAACAAGGCUGCAACUUUUUUACCCUCGGAAAUAAUGGCCAGCUCUCGAACAACUGGGAUUGCUGUACUAUGUUCCGUGACGUCGUCGACGUAGGUCCAGACGACAGCCAACAAAUGUCCGGAUCGAAUUAUAUGGCGAUCCGUCUCGGGGCGUUCCAAAUGCUCGGAGAAGCGUUCUCCCAACCCUCAUAUUUGGACUCACUGCCCACUGGCCUGUACAUGUUGGAAGAGAAUGUCGGCGACAGCUUGGGGACCCCUCAUCCGGCCGUAGGUCUGACGGCCUCGCAGUACAACCUUAAAUCGAACCCGGAUCCCUCCUGGGAUGCCUCCGUGCACACCUGGGACGGAAAGGUCGCGGCCGAUAACCCUUUACGGCGUACGUACUCAUCCACCAACACUUGCACCAAAGUUGAUGGACAUGCGAAACCCUGGUGCACCUGGGGCGAGCAGUGGGCGCCCAUGGAGGCCGGGGGUAUCCUUCGCCCGACGUACGAGCUAACUUGGUGGCAGGUCCGGUUUACGGACGACCGGCCCCGGUUACUAGCCGGGUUUGCGUGGUUUCGUGCGGAAACGAACUACGGGCCCUACCAAGAUGAUAACGACGGCAUGAACCAAGCCAAAGUGUAUCUGGACGGCAAGUUUUCCGGCGUGACCAUCCAAACGGUGGACGAUGCGGCGAAGCGGGGCCAGUGGGUGCCUCUUUUGCAACCCACCUUCGCAACCGAGCUGCGAAUCGUAGCCGGCAACAUCGCCUCAUACACGACGGGCGCGCUGCGGCUAUGCGGGUUCCACUUGUAUCUCCGGGUGCCGCAGUACGCUAUGCCGAUUCGCAACCCCUUCACGGGCGCCCUUGACCCGGGGUAUGGGCUCACCGCCACCGGGGAAGCUUCGCUCUCGUUCGGCGGAGACGUGCGGCAGAUCUUCAACCGACCCUACACGGACUUUUCCGUCGACUCGGGGGGCAGUAAUAACAUGGUGACGAACCCAGAGCGACCCUAUGUGUGGCAUGCUAAAGAAACGAGCACGGCCUUGGAGGUGGAAUUCGCCGACGGUGCGGCGCGCCCCAUCGCCGGGGUCAUGCUAUUUGGUCGAGCGUCGCCAUAUGGCUCGCUGGACCAGUUCAACAUCUACGUGGACGACGUGGAGCUCAUACAAAUCACGAGCGAACCCCGUACGGACGGGGAGUUCUACCUAUUGAACAAGGUCGGAACCAAACUGAAAAUUGGACCACGCGGCAGUACCGGGGAAGCCGUUCUUUUCGGAUUUCAUCUCUAUCUCAUGAUCCCAAUCACCGGUGUUCCUCUCCCGUUUCCGCCCGACCAAGACAGAACGCCAUCUUCUUGGACCACGUUGGUGGAGAAUUACCAGGGAAUGAGGGCGAAUUAUACGAAAGGCGCCGAGCCACCCAAUAACCGCAAAUACGAAGCGCAGCUGCUCCGUAAAUACUCGGAUUUACGUAGACGGCGGGUCUCCGCGGAUAUUGCCUACAUGGACGGCCUCAAAUAUUGCUCGGACGGCCCGCACUCGUUUUCAGACGCAGCCCUCUGGCUAUAUUGGAACGACGGUGGAAAGCGCAUGGUGGAAGGUUUCACACUGUUUGGACGAUCAAAUCACUUCCCGGGUGACGGACUGAAGGUGAAGGUAGACGAAGUGGUGCUCCUAGAUUAUUACUCGAAGACGCAUGCCAACUACGACGCACUCAGCAAUGCGGGCAGCGAGGGGAAGUGGGUUUCCAGCGGACCCGGAGGUAGCAUCUGGGUGCAGGUUGGGCGGUGGGUGAAUUCCAUUAAGAUCAGCCACCUGCCUGGGAAAACAGCUGACCAUCCCCCGGACUUCUGCGGCGUGCAUAUUUACCUGCGAAACGUCGGAUACGCGAGGUACCCCGCAAUUGGGAGCGUAACGCAGUUCGAGGUCCGGGCAAACUUUCCGUUUGAAAUGAUUUCCCUGAAAUAUUGGGCACUGCAUGUCGCGGAAGAGGACCAGAAGGCAUUCACGGACAGCGAGGAGUUUCUGCGACACAACGACGCCUUCAAGAACCUGGUGGCGAUCCACGACGCUGACUUUUUUGCGGAACUGGCCGAGCGCCCCGACGACGCGGCGGCCCGGGCAGAGUUCGCGAAGAAGAGCGCGGCUAUGCAACUCGGCUACCUACCAGAGUGCGUCUUUCUGCAGUUCCCGCGAAACAAGGGGACGGGGGACCAGAACACGGUGGUUGCUGAAAUCGACAUCCACAACGUUUUCCUGGAAAUUUUUGUCUUCCACCAGCAAGCCUUCCAGAAUGCGUGGGACACGCAAGAGGAGUGGAUGCCUUCCCUCCGCAAUAUCGGGGGCACCCACAGCGGGGCGCAUCCGACUUGGGAAGAGCAGAGUAACGACGACGGAAGGAUCUAUGGCAGCGGCUUCGAGCGUGUGGGGUUUCCGAAUACGCAGGUGAAGAUCCACAAGCAGAGCGACGGAUCCGACACAGACUCCGGGACGCAGCUGAUCUUCAUUUGUGAGUGCGCUCAGAAAACCCUGGUCCCCCCGAGUCCCGGCAAAAAGAUGCCAAGUAACGCGGUACUGCCCCCAAAGGUUGUCCGGAAUAGAGGACCACGGACUCCGACGAGCUUCUCGCUCUAUUCAUUCAUGUACAAUAAUUUUCUUUUCGAGCGCUUAGUCCAGCAGGUGGAACGCACGCAAAAUCACAGAACAGUGCUCAACCCGGCGACGCGGACGAUCCCCAUUCGGUGGUUGGAAGAGCGGGGGCAAGGGCUUCCCGCAGACCAGAGCGCGUGGCGUGUCACGCCGACCAGCACCCGGAAGGUGAACAGCGUUGGGGGCCCGUAUGAAAACCACGAUCUGUGCGUCUAUGUCGCGCGGGACGAGUUUGACUACAAAUCCAUUAUGUCCCUGGGGACGGCCGUGAAGAUCUGGAGCCAUCCCGGUUCGCCGAAUUUCCUCACAGAGACUCGCAUUUACCUGCACAUGUGCUCGGAAGCGGAAGACGCCGGAUUCUACGCGGACCCGGCGAAUUUUGGCCCGGGGACUCUCGCCGCGGAAGCAAACGUGGCAGCGUUUCGAAAUCAUCAGGGACUAGUCCGGGACUGCGGUGGCGGGACGGACCCAGCGCAGCCCGGCGGGGUGACCACGGUCUACUCCUACAAGCACAGCAUCGCCGGGAGCGGGCGGCAAAGUGCGGACUUUCCUGGCUCCAGGACGGAAAGCGGCAACACUCUGAUAAGAAUGCCCUACCCCAUCGUAGUUUGUCCUACCACGGCGGGGAUCUACUUCUUUCGCCGCGAAAAAUUGUACCUGGUCGUGUACGAUCCGGAAGCACCGGCGGCAUUGGGUCUCUCCCGGGCAACGCCGCACCUAUACCAGAGCGCGAAGCGUGGCAUCCUGGACGACUGGCAGCGGGACUGGUCCUAUGCAGGAGCAAGAAAAUGCCAUCACAAUCGCAAUUAUGAUAGAUAAGUAGAUCUUUUUGCAUUCGCAAAAAAAAAAAAACUUGUGCAAAGGCAACUGUGAUUGUGAUGAUGUUUUUGUCAUCUUGGAUAGCUCCUCGCAACUGACGGGGACGCUGUACGGUGUUCUUAAGCGUUACAUUGAUCGUUAUUACAUGAUUUGUGAUCAUGCAGAAGUAGAAGUACUAUCGUCCUCCAUACGUUCAAGGUGGUGCUUUGCAUGACAUAUCGUGGUCCGAAGCAGCUACUUGCGGCGACGGUGCAAAGGUUUUUGAUGUGGUGCAGUCGGGUAUGCAUGACAUAUCGUGGUGCUCGACGCGCAAAAUUGCACUGAAAUCCGUGCCAAGUCGUCUGUAAUGCAAGACGCACAUGAUCAAGCCCCCCCGUUGCCUUUCACUUUAUUUCCUAUUUUCGCAGCAUCACAAAGUCAUGUAACGACUAUCAAUGUAACGCUUGAGACCUCGACGCGCUGGCCUCGCUGCGCAUCGUGGUUCGCUGGGGCACGGACCGCACGAUUGGCAUUCGGUCGCGGAUGCAGCAGAUGCCGUUGACCGCGGCGAACCGGGUCACCAUGGCCACGAAAUUGCGCGUGGAGCUUCUGCGGCCGAAGGACAGCGCGGAUCCCGUGCCAGCACGGGUCGCCUCGUUGACGGUCACGCUGGCGGCGGCCCGCGCGCCCGUGUCGAAGUGCGUGGGGUGCGGGAACCAGAUCGGUAGUUGCCUGAACGUAUGCGACCCACACAAGGGGACGAGUGCCGGGUUCUGUGCCGCCUGCGACUCGAUCACGGGCGAGCGCGGCGUCUGCUGCGACCCAACCAGCACGACGGAUCCGGCGGAGUGCCAACCGCUGAAAGUCCACCGCCCGGACCUGUUUCCGAAUCCGGCUGGCGCGUAUCACCAAUGCGCGGUGAGCCCCUCGUUUGUCUGGGAAUGGGUGUACUACAAAGACUCCAAUGCAGAUGCAGAUCUGUCGCAAUCGCGAACGCACACCCAUUGCGUUUUGAAAACCAACCCCACUUCGGAUUUCGACGGGGGACCGGCAUCAGCAAGCGAUCCAGGUCCAAUGACAAUAUCGACGAUCAAGGACCACAACUACAUGCUCGAGAAGUGCGCUAACGAUGUGCGGUGUCAUGCCAUGGUUGGUUUCCUAUGCCUGGUGGGGGGGAGCAACCUCAAGCAGAACUACUUGAACAGCAAAAGUCACCGAACAGAGGUGACGCAGCGCACCACGCUGGCACUUCGCGCGCAGUAUGGAGGAGUGGGCACGCGCGGCGAGCGGUGUAUCAGCGGCGGACAUAGCUGCAUUGGCAGCGACGACGGGUUGUCUUUGCGGCUGUGUGACAUCGCGGGCUUCGCGGAGGUAUCCAAUGCAAAAGUAUCGUACUGGUAUAAAUUUAAGUCGCAUGACAUCAAGAAGAAAAUUGGAUUAACUUGUCAUGCAGAUUAUGGUAUAAAUAAAACUAAAGAACUCCAUCGGUCAUGCAGCAAGACUGGCACUUUGUAAUAUUCAUACGAGCGCGAUAUAAUUUUCUACAGUGGAUAGGAGGUGGAAGCCCGGGGCGGCUUUGGCUCGUGGGAUGGGAGUAUGUCGUGCGGAUGGAAAAAACGGUACGUGGAGCCUUGGGAAGUGGAGAAGCUGCAGCAGGUCGAGCGCGAGAGCUUCGCGGUGCCGGACAACGACAUGCAGGUGGACCCACUUUUGCUGACGGCCACGGCUGUUGGUGAGGAAUCGUGUAGCGACGCCGCCGCUUGCAAUCCCAUGAACCCGCUGCACUACCGAGAAGGCGGGGACCUGCAAUACCGCAACAUGUGUUCGCUGUCCACUGGCACAACCUCUCCAGCUGCCCAUCUCGCACUGGCGGCGGACAAGGUGACGGUCUCGAGCGAGUUCAACGAGCACACCGCCGCGCCACUGCUCGUUGACGGAAACGUGGCCGGUGGUAUGUUCACAACUGCCGACGACUCGUAUGGCGCACCAGCCCAGAAGUGCCCCUGGAUACAAAUAGAGUUACCAGACGACACUCCGGUGAGCCAUGUGGAGCUGAGCACGCGGCACGAUGGAGGUGACCUAUUUCGGCUUCGCCGAUUGUUUUUCAUUUAUGAUGAUCAUUCCCACACGUGGGACGCUGGGAACUCGGGCCGGCCGGAGGGAAACCUCGCCAGGGAGCAGAACGCCGGCCUUCGGGUUCUGCUCACCAACACCGCACGCGACAGGACCGCCACUUCCCGCUGGCAUACCCCAACCGGCACAACCCGGCAGUGGUGGCAGGGGACCGCGCCUGGGGACCCUUGUCCGGACCCUGAUCCUGUCGAAGUUUGCGAGCACAUCAUCUGCAAAGAAGGCGAAGGAGCUACCUGCAAAGACCGGUUCGUGGUGUCCGGGGAGGUGGCCACCGCUAAAGUGACCUGCGGGGACAAGAAGGGCAAGUACCUAACCAUCGAGCUGCCCGGCAUCACGGCCUCCAUGACGUCGCCUGAUCCAUUGAAGCGCAUGCUAAACCUGAACGAAGUUCAGGUGUUUGCCGCCACCAGCCUGCCAAGGGGGACAUGGCGCGUGCAGUUUCGGGACAACCAGCCCCGCUACGUCACCCGCUUCCGCAUUUUUCCGCGUCUUUAUCCUGAUGGAAAAAUAAACUUUCGAGACCAAAACAGAAUCAAAGGUGCAAAGAUUUACUUUGACGAUGAGACCACCAGUUUGCAGAGCUUGCCGGUACCCUUUCCCGAAACUCUUCAUUACGAUGCGUCUGUCCACCGUGUCCUCAAGUCAAUUACGAUCGAGGCGCUGCACGACCAUCAGCUCAGCAUCUGUGGAUUCCACCUCUUCGUGCCGGCGGCCCAGCCCCGUGCGCCAACCGCGGUACCGCCGGAAGUGAUAUCCACUGCAAAUAUGUCUGGGUCUGGAAACUUGUGUUGCUGAUAUCUGCAUCAACAUUCAUCAAAGACUCAGGCCCCGACAUAUCUGCAAUGCAUGAGUGAGCACCCGUCUCCUGCGAGAGGAGCACCCGCUGCUCCAGCAAGCGCAGGAAGGCGACCGACUCAGGUUUCGCUUUCUCGGGGAGUUUGGGAAAACCAAGUCCGCAAACUACAAACAUCAUUUGCUGCGGUUUCACGUGACCCCUGCGUAUCAGACGUCCGAACGUCUGCGCAGUAGAGAACUGCUGGCGAACCAGGAAGAGGAAGAUAGAAGCGAGGUCGAAAAUGACGAGAACGCGACGAGAGGCGACCAGCUAGAGCGUGGCCUUGCUGAUUUGUAGACAACUCUGGCGGGAGCUGAGUGGAGAAAACCAACGUCUUCUGCAUGCUCUUGCAGUUGACAAUGCAAGACAUGCUUUUGCAAUUGAAAGCGCAAGAAUUACUUUAGUAGCAGGCACAUGGGAAGCACAUGCUCACUCAAGAGGAGCGCCAUAUACUUAAUUCAAUACUCUAUAAAUCAUACUAGUAUUAUCAAGUUAAUCCAUGGCCAGGCAUAAAAUGAGCCGAAUCGAGCAACGCAAAACCGGAAACCGAGAAUCGAGAAACCGAGAGUCCCGGUUUCUCUUUUCCCGAUUUCUCUUUUUUCUGUUUCUCCUUUUUCGGUUUCUCUUUUUUCUGUUUCUUCUUUUUCGGUUUCUCUUUUCCCGAUUUCUCUUUUCCCGGUUUCUCUUUUUCCGGUCUCUUUUCUCGGUUUCUCUUUUCCGGGUUCUCUUUUCCCGGUUUCUCUUUUUCCGGUUUCUCUUUUCCCGGUUUCUCUUUUCCCGGUCUCUCUUUUCCCGGUUUCUCUUUUCUCGGUUUCUCUUUUUCCGGUUUCUCUUUUCGCGGUUUCUCCUUUAGCGGUUUCUCUUUUCCCGGUUUCUCUUUUCUGGGUUUCCCGGCUCUCCUUUUUCCGGCUUCUCUUUUUUCGGACGGUUUCUGCUUUUCCCGGCUUCUCUUUUCCCGGUUUGUUCUUUUCGUGGUUUCUGUUUUCCCGGCUUCUUCUUUUCCCGGCUUGCUUCUCUUUUCCCGGUGUCUUCUUUUCCCGGCUCCUCUUUUCCCGGCUUCUGUUUUCCCGGCUUCUCUUUGAGCCGAUCGAAAGGCCGAGAAGCCGAAAAAAAGGCAAGAAGCCGGAAAAAGGCCGGGCAGCCGAAAAAAGGCCGGGAAGCCGAAAAAAGGCCGAGAAGCCGAAAAAAGGCUGAGAAGCCGAAAAAAGGCCAAGGGGCCGAAAACAAAAAAGGCCGAGAAGCCGAAAAAAGGCCGAGAAGCCGAAAGGCCGAGAAGCCGAAAGGCCGAAAGGCCGAGAAGCCGAAAGGCCGAGAAGCCGAAAGGCCGAGAAGCCGAAAGGCCUGCCGAGAAGCCGAAAGGCCGAGAAGCCGAAAGGCCUGCCGAGAAGCCGAAAGGCCGGCCGAGAAGCCGAAAGGCCGGCCGAGAAGCCGAGAGGCCGGCCGAGAAGCCGAGAGGCCGGCCGACAAGCCGAAAGGCCGAGAAGCCGAUCCGAAAGGCCGGCCCGCCGAGAAGCCGAAAGGCCGGCCCGCCGAGAAGCCGAAAGGCCGAGAAGCCGAAAGGCCGAGAAGCCGAAAGGCCGAGAAGCCGAAAGGCCGGCCGAGAAGCCGAAAGGCCCGCCGGCCGAGAAGCCGACCGGCCGGCCGAGGCACCGAAAGCAAGGGAUAACGGGGUCCGGGAGAAGGGCAACCGAGAAACGCGAGACCAAUGCGGGAAAACCCGGCCGGGAAAAGGGGGGGCGGGAAAUGAAACCCAAGCAAGCAAGCAAGCAAGCAAGCAAGAGAACGAAAAGCCGGCCGCACGGCGGGCUCCGCGGGCCGGCCUUCCGGCUCCGCGGCCUUUCGGUCCCGCGGCCUUUCGGUUCCGCGUCCUUUCGGCUUCUCGGUGGUUCGGGUUCCCGGCCUUUCGGCUUUUCGGCCUUGCGCUUUCGCCGGUGCGGCCUUUAGCUUUCAGGCCUUUCGCCCCCGGCCUUUCUCCUUCGAAGGCCUUGCCCAAAAGGCCGGCCGGCGGAGCAGAAGAAGCCGGGAAGGCCGGCAAGGCCAAGAAACGCUGCGGCGCGUAAGCCUUUUCGGCAUUCCGGUUUCGGGGCCCGUUUCUUCUCGCCUGCGUUUCACAUUUUGGCCGUAGCUUGCUCGAGUGGCCUCCUUCUGCGCCCGGCUUCUGGCCUUUCCUUUGUUCCAGAGCCCGCGGCCGGGGGCCGGGUGCUCGGCUCAGGCGGCCCGCCCCGGGCAAAAUCGGGGUGGUAAAGUUCCGAUAAAAAGCCAUUAAUUUAAAGGCUGGGAACCUUAUGCGCCAGCGGCCUAGUUUCCUUGUUUGGGGUGGCGCGUGUCCGAGGCCGUUCCCUGCAGUUCGCGAAAAGGCGAAGGGUUCGCCUCUCUCUGGCCCGGUCGUCUUUGGGUUUUCCGUGUGUCCCCCGCUCGGGUUUUCCGUCGCCAAGGCCCCAGGCAGAGGCGCCCCUGGAUAGUUUCGGCCCCGCGACCCUUCGGCCCGGUGUUGUGUUCUUUGUUAGGCGGCAGGGGGAUGGUCCUUGGGGAGCAUUGGGUUGGGGGCCGUUCGUGUUGUGUCCCUACGCGCGCCCCGCUGGUUAUUAUUGGCGAAAGAUGGGGGGGCGUGGCGUGUAUGGUGGGUGGCGGCCUUUGUCGGAUGACUCGCCCUCGGGUCCUUUUGUAUUUUGCCGUCAAUCGUCUGGCGUCCCUUUGGGUCGGGGUGUUGUCCGGGUAAUUCUCCGGUAAAUUCCGGAGAUAAGCCGAGGCGGGACGCCGUUAAAUAUGCCGUUAGUUUUCCCGUUAAGUUUUUCCGUUAAUUUCCAUCUGAGGCGAUUCGUAAGGGAAAUCGAGCCCCCGGAAAUUAACGGAAAAAUUUAACAGAAAAAUUAACAGUAGAAUUAACGGAAUCCGGCCGCGGAAUUAUCGUGGUCGUGCCUCUUCGAGGUUGGCCACGCCUUGCGCCCGGAACGAAGAGGCGCCUCCCGGCGCGGUGGAGGAGGUCCUUUGGCCCCGCAGGGUUUCGCGUGGUUUCCGGCGCACCAUACCGCCGGGCCCCUUGUGGUUGGCCCCGGGGUUUGUCUCCCGUUUCGGUGUGGGAUGUCCGGGGCGCCCAUUUGUCGCAUGCCCAUCCUUUGGGGGUGCCCCCUGUUUUUUUCUUGGCCCCAAGAGGGGGGGCCCCGGGGCGCUAGCCCGCGACGUGGCCCCGUGUGCAUUCGCCACUUGCCGGGGGAUCCGGCCGCGCCGGGGUGUUUUCCCAACGUGGAGCCCCCGCGCGACAUCCCCUGGGGGAGUUCUUUGCCCUCUUUGGUGGUCUGCGCCCUGCGUCGCCGUGUGUCCUCCUGCUCCCACCCUGAAGACAAAAGCGGGGCGAGGCGCAUCCGGCCACCUGGAACAUUAACAGUAAAUUGCAGGGGAAUUAACGCCGGGAGCUUGCCCGGGGCGGUCCGCCUGACUCGGCCGCACUCACCAACCUUGGCGCCUCGGCCUCCGUCGCCGUAGCCUGGCGCUUUAAGGUCCAGAGCUGUGGCUCCUAGGACGCAAGCCCCUCCCUCUUCCCCGGUUUCCUGCUUCUCGUUGCUCGAGACACUGUGGCGACAAAACCUGCCGACUUGUAAUACAUUACACCGGUCCUGAAACGGAAAAACACACCACUGACCACGAACCUCGUUGAGCUCUGUGGCAAGCACUUAGGACGUAGGCCCAGCGGCCAUUGACUGAGUACUUGCUCGAUUUCUUUGGCAAUUGCCAGGACGAGCACGACAGAUCACGCAGACGGCGCCGCAUUUUUAAAAAAGCCUCUUGAAAAAGCGAUCGCGAGAACCACUGCUCUGAUGAAUGUUGAUCAUGAAGCAGCAGAAUACAACACCAGAAAAGAACUACACGACUUCGCUUUCCGAUGUCAUUUGCACUUCUACUUUCACCUCCGUCGUAUUGAUAUUGAACAGAUGGAGCUAGUGCAUUUAUUUUGCCAAUGAUAGAAGAUGAACAAAGAACAGAUUAAGCUAGUGCAGUUGCUUUUUCUCAUGUGAUAAAAAUUAUGCCUAUGCGGGAGCGGGAUGAACAACCGCCCUGUAAAAAAGCUCCAUGUGUUACUCUUGGAGGUGCAGAAGUAUUUUUUAAAUCUAGUUUUAUCCUGAGCCUUAGUCUCAUUCUUUUGCUUUUCACUAGUCUGCUUUUCUCAAAAAGGCAAAGCAAAAGCUCAUUUUGUAUUUGCCGAGGGCACGGCUUACUUUUUUCAAAGUGUCGGCGAUAUUUUUGCACUUUUUUUUGUAGCUGUUUCGUGCGGUUUUAUUUUAUUUUUUUUUGAAAAAUUGCAGAAACAACAGAGCAGGCCGGAAAGGUAAACCGAAGAAGGACCUCUAUUAACCAAUAAAGACCGAAGAACUGUCGGCUAAAAUAAAUGGCAUCGACAAAGCGCAGGUAGAUGAGAAUAACUACCUGCACAAACAACUAGUAGAGCAACAGCGAGAGCUGUGAUAUUGAUAUAAUUCUCUCAUCCGGCUACUUUGGGCAAAAGGGAGAGACCACGGGAGGGGGCGAUAUUAUGAUCAUCGUCUGGUGUUGUAGCGAAGACAAUGACACCAAGUUUUUAAUACAUAGUACAAGCACGACAUCAUGCAAAUAAACGAAAAUAAUUUGUUCAUACAAUAUUGAAACAAACCCAAAUGAUACACUUGAU